AAAUACGCAUUUUGCAAUUUAUAAGGUGCAGAAAAGAAAAUCAAAAAUAAGAAUUGGAUGCCAAACAAGAUGAACUGUGUCCUCCCGCUCCCCUCCCCCAACCCCUAAAAUUCCACUCUCUGGAAUAAACAACUUGGUUAAAAAGUUAAGUCAAGGGUAUAAAAUCUUUCUUUUAUUCACAGCAUUGCUAAAUCAGAAGCAUUCACAGUUUCCCUCUGGGAAUCAUCCUGUUUGCCUUACAACGUGCCCACGUCACGGUGGUCCUGUGGACACCAAGUCGUGCCCUGCUGGGAAGACGGAUGGGCCCAGGGCCGACAGCGGCGCGAACUGCGAGGCUUCGGAAGCACAGGAGGCAGAGGCCCGGCGUGAGCCGGGGCAGGCGCGGGCGGCCGGCGGCCGGGGGCGCGGGCGGAAGAUGGCGAACGUGGGGCUGCAGUUCCAGGCGAGCGCCGGGGACGCGGACCCACAGAGCCGCCCCGUGCUGCUGCUCGGGCAGCUGCACCACCUGCACCGCGUGCCCUGGAGCCACGUCCGCGGGAAGCUGCAGCCCCGGGUCACCGAGGAGCUCUGGCAGGCUGCUCUGGCCACACUCAAUCCCAACCCCACGGACAGCUGUCCCCUCUACCUGAACUACGCCACCGUGGCAGCCUUGCCCUCCAGGGUGAGCCGGCACAACAGCCCCUCGGCUGCCCACUUCAUCACCCGGCUGGUGCGGACCUGCCUGCCCCCCGGAGCCCAGCGGUGCAUCCUGAUGGUUUGCGAGCAGCCCGACAUCUUUGCCUCCGCCUGUGCCCUGGCCCGGGCCUUCCCACUCUUCACCCACCGCUCUGGGGCUUCCCGUCGCUCAGAGAAGAGGACCGUCACAGUGGAGUUCUUCUUGGUGGGACAGGACAACGGGCCAGUGGAGGUGUCCAUGUUGCAAUGCUUAGCAAAUGCCACGGAAGGUGUACGGCUGGCAGCCCGCAUUGUGGACACGCCCUGCAAUGAGAUGAACACAGACAUCUUCCUUGAGGAGAUUAACAAAGUUGGAAAAGAGCUGGGAAUCGCCCCAACCAUCAUCCGGGACGAGGAACUGAAGACAAGAGGAUUUGGAGGGAUCUAUGGUGUCGGCAAGGCUGCCCUGCACCCCCCUGCUCUGGCCAUUCUCAGCCAUAACCCCGACGGCGCCACGCAGACCAUCGCGUGGGUGGGCAAGGGCAUCGUCUAUGACACCGGGGGCCUCAGCAUCAAAGGGAAGACCACCAUGCCAGGCAUGAAGCGAGAUUGCGGAGGUGCUGCGGCCAUCCUGGGAGCCUUCAGAGCUGCUGUCAAGCAGGGCUUCAAAGACAACCUUCAUGCCGUGUUCUGCCUGGCAGAGAAUGCGGUGGGGCCCGGUGCCACCAGGCCAGAUGACAUCCACCUGCUAUACUCAGGAAAGACUGUGGAAAUCAACAACACGGAUGCCGAGGGCAGGCUGGUGCUGGCCGAUGGCGUGUCUUAUGCCUGUAAAGACCUGGGGGCCGACAUCAUCCUGGACAUGGCCACGCUGACCGGCGCCCAGGGCAUUGCCACGGGGAAGUACCACGCAGCCAUGCUCACUAACAGCGCUGAGUGGGAGGCGGCCUGCGUGAAGGCCGGCCGCAAGUGUGGGGACCUGGUGCACCCCCUGGUCUACUGCCCCGAGCUGCACUUCAGCGAGUUCACUUCGGCCGUGGCUGACAUGAAGAACUCGGUGGCGGACCGAGACAACAGCCCCAGCUCCUGUGCUGGCCUCUUCAUUGCCUCGCACAUUGGCUUCGACUGGCCCGGGGUCUGGGUCCAUCUGGACAUUGCCGCACCGGUGCAUGCUGGUGAGCGAGCCACUGGCUUUGGCGUGGCCCUCCUGCUAGCACUCUUUGGUCGAGCCUCCGAGGACCCCCUGCUGAACCUGGUGUCACCCCUGGGCUGUGAGCCUGACGGACAGGAGGGCGAUGUGGGGAGGGACUCCAAGAGACGCAGGCUCGUAUGAGGGAAGUACCUGGCCUCAGCCGGUGGCACAGGGCUCUUUACCUCACUUUGCACUGAGUAAUUGUAAGCAGUUGAAAGAGUAGGCCUUCAGGUGGGCUUUGGCUUGUUUUCGGUUUGUCACUGUGGUGGUGAUGGCAGCGGUGCAUUCUUCCAUUGUAGAAGACAGGUUGGGGUAUGGGGAGGCCACAGCAGGCGCUGGGAAACUUGGGGGCUUGACUCUGUGUAAGCAACCCACAGGUGUGCCCUGGUGACUUCCUACCCACCCGUGCUUGCCAUGGGGGCCCUGCCUCGUCCCACGGGGAGUCCAUGCUUGCUCCUCAAAAUUCACUUGACAUCAGAUUAAAUGCCGCCAAACCAC